AGGGUCAAAGACUCACAAAGAGACAAAGACAAUUGAAUAGCUAACUAAAAGAAAUACAGAUGUAGGAAGUGAACAACGUGUUUUCCCACCGUCUUCUGGCCUUUGGCAAUGGCAAAGUCAACUUUAUAAAUCGUUAAAUUUGGUUGAAAAACUUUUUGAUAAAAUAAUAAUAUUUUUCAUUCACCGGAAAUGCAUCGCUCAAAUUUACUUCCGGUAGACUCAUAUGUCAUGGACACGUCGACACAUUUUUAGUCUGUUGUUUAAUUUUUGCCGCAAUAUUGAGGUUAAAAUUUUGGAUUUUUUCUUUUAAAUGUAAGUAUGAUUAUUGUAUUGUUGUAUUUAUCAUAGUAUAGUGUGUAGUUUACCGUAUAGUGUAUAGAUAUAAAUCAAGAUUAUAUAAUUAUAUAUAUACAUCACUUGUAUCAAUUUCACGCUGUUUUCGGUAUAUAAAUAGUGUUUUGACUCGGUCUGCCAAGCAUACAGAACAAAAAGAUCUUUGAUCUUAAUCGUCUAGAACGUGGCUUGUUUAUAUUUUGUUUCAAGCAACCAUUCAAUUUGCAUCUUUUUCAUUAAAUGGCCGUAGAGCUACUAGUAACUAGUAUAUAAAUUUUUGGAAAUAUUGAAUCUUCAAAAUAAAUGUAUAUUAUGAUUGGUAAGUGCUUCAUAUUGGCCAAAUUUUCGCUAGAAAUGGAUCAUAUCAAGACAUAGCAACCAUUGAUAUCCACCUUAUGGUAUAUUCCAGACUGUCCAUCUUACGACUGUCGACCUACUAUCCAGACAAACUCCUAGCCCAGAAAUACCUAUGUAUUAUUAUAAAAAGUUAACAAGCUUUCGUUGGUAGGGUUUAUUGUAUAGUUAAUUAAGUCCAUUAUUAACCCAUUAAGUGGCAGGACAGGACUCUUGACCCUUGAUGAGUCAAAUCGUCUGGUGGCAUAUUUUGGAUGUGUCACUAUAUUGACUAAUCUAUAUUAUUUAGAUUUAUCAAGAUGUCAAAUAAUCUCAUUCUAAUUACGGGAGGAGCAGGCUAUAUUGGCAGUCACACUGUCGUUGAAGUUGUAAAUGCUGGUUAUAAUGUAGUGAUAAUUGAUAAUUUAUGUAACUCAUCUGAAGGUAACAAUAUAGUACUUCAUUUAUUCAAUCUUAUAUACCCAUUACUUCAUUUGUUAUUUAACUCAUUAAGCUGCAGCACUUCCCCAUUGACGAGUAAAAUCGUCUGGCGUUAGGCAAGUAAAAAAAUAGGUAGGGCACAUUGCGGCUCAAUGGGUUAACCCAUAUCGUAAUAUUUUUCCCUGUUAUUUGAUUCCAAUAUACUCGGUGUUUUUUGCUAUAGUUAUAAUAAAUAAAUUUCUUUGCUUAUAGUUCAAUAUAGAAGUACAUUAGUUUUAAUUCUUUUUUGAGAUGUAGAAAGCGUCAGAAGAAUAAAAAGCAUCACAGGAAAAGAUGUCAUAUUUUAUAAAGUUGAUCUCUUAGACAAGUCAAGUCUAGAAGGUGUUUUUGAAAAGGUAUUAAUUGACAAGUUAGCGAGAUUCUGUGGUAUUGGGUAGGCUGUUCUGAUCCCCUGAUAAGUAAACAUGUUGGGUGUUAGACAGAUUGAAUAAAAUAGUAAAGUGGAGUACAUUGCUGUAUAAUGGGUUAAUUUUAUUAACUGUAAAAUUAUAUGUCUUUUGAAUCAAUUUUCCAACCAUGUUAUAAUGUUUUUAAUAUAGCAUACAUUUUGUGCAGUCAUGCAUUUUGCUGGCCUCAAAGCUGUUGGUGAAUCUGUGUCAAUACCUCUGAAGUAUUACAAUAAUAAUAUUCAAGGAACAAUACAUUUACUAGAGGUAACAUCAUUACCUUAUACAGUGAAUUAUACAGGUGGCAUGUUUAGUUGAAACAGAUUUGAUCCAGAUAACAUUUUAGUACUAUGUGUUUUGGGAGAUACUGUCACUGUCAGAAAAUAUAUCACUUCAGUCUAAAUUAUUACACUGUUUUUCCUGGAGAUCCAGUAAGGAUCAUCUCUUAUUCAUCCAGUGUUACUAACUUACUACAAACUUAAACUAAACUACUGUAACUUUAUUUAUACUGGAUAGCUCUAUCAGUUCUAAACUGUUCUCUCUAGAGGUCCAGUAAGGAUCUUCUCUUAUUCAUCCAGUGUUACUACAGGGGGAAACCUAAACUAAACUAACUUCAUUUAUACUGGAUAGCUCUAUCAAUUCUAAACUGUUCUUCCUAGAGGCCCAGUAAGAAUCAUCUCGUAUUGAUCCAGUGUUAUACUACAGGAGGAAGCCUAAACUAAACUAACUUUAUUUAUACUGGAUAUCUCUAUCAGUUGUAAACUGUUCUUCCUAGAGGUCCAGUAAGGAUCAUCCCUUAUUGAUCCAGUAUAAUUACUGCAGGAGGGAACUAAGAUUUCAGGAGAAUAUUUGAAAAAGUCAAACUGUAAGCACUCUUCUCGCAUGAGAGAAAGCAUACUCAAACAACUGCAUACACAUGAUCUGUGGUGUGAGAGAAAUACAACUACCUAAAAUAUAUAACUACCUAACACAAGUACCUGAAAAUCUAAGCAGAACUUCACAGAACAACACAUGCAGUACCCACUGAGACACUAGUCUCCCUCGCAGAAUACCCGCGAACAGGCUGCGAGGGAGACUACUGCGACACCAACACCACAACCCCCUCAGUACCAUCUUUGCAUUUCCUGACAGUGUAUGGAGAAACAUGGUGUAAAGAACAUAGUGUUCUCAUCAUCAGCCACGGUGUAUGGUGAUCCACAGUAUCUACCUCUGGACGAGAAACAUCCUGUUGGUGGAUGUACAAACCCUUAUGGAAAGACAAAAUAUUUUAUUGAAGAAAUACUCAGGGAUGUUGUCAUUGCACAGAAGGUAAUACAGUCACACAUUUCACCCUAUGAUAAGUUAUGUUGUCUAAUAAAUAUAAAGGCCCACUUCCACAUUAAUGGGGAAUCAACUAUUUUUUCGAAGGGUUGGAAUGUCAUCUCAUUGCGAUAUUUUAAUCCCAUUGGUGCUCAUAAAUCUGGAAAUAUCGGUGAAGACCCUCAGGUAAGAAGUAAUAGGAUGUUUAGUUUGUCUUGUUUUACUAUCUUGUGAAAGGAAUGAGUAGAUAUGUACAUACGUAAAAAGACAUAAAUUGACGAAGAAGAAUGCAAUGUCCUUCAUGACGAAGACGCAACAUGCGAUAGUAAAAUAAGCCCCACAAAAACAUCAUAAGAUGCACCUUUACAAGAGAAAUUACAAUGCAUUAAUGUUGUAUAGAAAUUAUUCACAACUCAAUAAUGCCCCAUGCAAUAUGUUAUGACAGACGUUUCAACGAGAAACUCAAUUUGUAUCAGACGAAUAAAUCAAGAUGUUCAGCUGGUACACACGUAAAAACGCACAAGUUGUAACAAACCUGCAGCAGACUUGUAGCAAUGCUGUUCCAAGAACUUGUCAACAGGAUGUGUUCGCACUGCUUGUUCCAAGCUUGUUUACAAGGUUGUUGAGCUCAACAGACUUGUUAUUAAAGUUCUUCCAACAACUUGUUAUCGUCCUGCAAUUCAAUUUUAUCGGCCAACGAAUCUAUUAAGUUCUUUUUGCUGUAACGCUUCAACUUCUGAUCCUCCGCCAACAAAUUUUUUAUUAACCUUGGUGCCAAACUUGAUAAAAUAACAGCAUUGUUACAACUUGUUGACAAGCUAAUUGCUGCAAGGUUGUUGAGCUCAACAGACUUGUUGAAACAACUUGCUAUCCUGCAAUUCAACAAUUUGUCAACAAGUUGCGAGUGACAACCUUGUAGCAAGUAUAUAGUGUGUAUAUGAACUAUUUUAAAUGCAUGCCUAGGGUAUUCCUAACAAUCUAAUGCCUUACAUCACCCAAGUCGCUGUUGGAAGAAGAACACAUUUGAAUGUUUUUGGAAACGAUUAUAACACCACUGAUGGAACAGGUGAAACAAUUAUAAUAUUUGAAUCAUUAUAAAAUUACUUCUCAAACGGAACACGCGUAAAAAUUUCACAUCUUGUAGCAAGUCUGCCAACAAGUUGUGUUCGCACUGCUUGUCCCAAGUUGUCAACAAGUUUGCAACAACUUGUAACAACCUUGUUGAUAUUAUCAGACUUGAUACAUUGUUGAUCCAACAAGUCCGAUACAGUAUGAUAAUGACAAUAUUGUUACAAGCUUGUGUCGUCAACCUUGCAACAUUCUUGUUAUGUCAUGACUAUAUCAGACUUGUUAGAACAACCUUGUCACCAGGGGUGGAAGAAAUAUGCGACCACUGCUCGCAAGAAAUGUUGAACAGCUGCAGGAAAUUCGUUUGAAUGAAGAUUUGCUAUUGAAAAUUUGAAGGAAACCUUAACACCCAUGUCCGACUAUGGGCACAACAACAUAAGGUUGACAGACAUUAUUCCUUGAAUUUAAAACCAUGGUCAGCUAGAGCACUAUAUGUUUAUGCACGUGCAGAUAUAGCACAAAAAUUCUCCGUUGGUUUGCAGGAAAUUUUUGUCUCCAGGUUGUGCUCCUAGGAAGAAAAUUAUUUUUUCCUGCCCUGCUUGUCACAAGUCUGAUAAUGCCAUCAAGCUCGUUAUAACAACUGGGAACAAGCAGUGCGAACACAACUUGUCGACAGCUUGUGAACGGAUUUGUAACAACUUGUUUGCACCUGUAGCAACUUGUCCGUUUUUACUUGUGUACUAAUAUGUAUUUUAUAAUAAAAAUGUCCAGGUGUGCGUGAUUAUAUUCAUGUCGUUGACUUGGCGUUGGGUCAUGUUGCUGCCCUUAAAUAUAUGAUGCAAGACAAUUGUGGAUUUAAGGUAUAUGAUGAUUCAGCUUUAAUCCAAGAUUUGUGCUAAUCCAUAUCAGCGGGCACCGAUGAAUAUUAUGAUUGCAAUCAAAUUUAGGUUUACAACCUUGGCACGGGUCGCGGACAGUCCGUUUUGGAAAUGGUCAAAGCCGUUGAAAAGUCUUCAGGCAAGAAGGUUUGUACAGUAUGCUGUAGAUAAUAUAACCUGACCAUGUAGCUCAGUUGGAAGAGCGUCGAGAUAGCAUUUCGAAUGUCGCGGGUUCGAAACCAAACCCCGGCAGCUAGAAUUUGCACUUGCGCGGUUUCGACGCAUUCAUUCGAGAACAUUUCUACAAAAAUAAAUAUACGUGGAAGGACAUCGCAAGAGUUACACAGUAACUUUGUUUACACUGAAUAGCUAUGUCAGUUCAAAACAGUGUGCUCUAUAUGUAUACGCAAGAACUCCCUUUUCAAAUGACAGAAUUCCCUUUUUAAAUGGCAAAACUGGGUUUUCAAAUGGCAAAACUCGUUUUUCAAAUGCCAGAACUCCCUUUUCAAAUGGCAAAACUGGGUUUUCAAAUGGCGUCGAGAUAGCAUUUCGAAUGUCGCGGGUUCGAAACCAAACCCUGGCAGCUAGAAUUUGCACUUGCGCGGUUUCGACGCAUUCAUUCGAGAACAUUUCUAAAAAAUAAAUAUACAUACAUGGAAGGACAUCACAAGAGUUACACAGUAUUACAGUAACUUUGUUUACAUGCACUGAAUAGCUCUGCAGUGGUGGACUUAGGGGGAAGUGCCCCCAGGCUCAGGUCAAUAGGUGGGGUAGCAAAAAAAUGACAUCCUAAUUCUAACCAACGUAUGUUAAGGAAUUCAGUUGCGUAUCACUAGUUGACAAUAGUGGAAUAGCCAAUAUUAAAUAUUCUGAAUUUUUAAAUGUUUUGAGAAUCUAAAAAUUUUCCAGAAUGUUUUCUCGGAAUGCUGGAAAUGCCAUUUCAGAGACCCAAAUUUUAAAAAUUUUACCACCCUAGAAAUCUCGCGCCUUCGGCGCUCGUUUCGCCAUUGGUUAGCACCCCCCCCCCCAAAAAAAAACAAACUUUGCUGGAUCCACCACUGUAGCUCUGCCAAAUUUUUUUCCACUUCCCCCACUAUUUCCAUCAAAAUCCGGCCUUGCUCCUCACUGCUAAUGCAAUGCAUGUUUAAUGUUAAGAUUGCUUAUAAAAUAACGGAGCGACGUGCUGGCGACGUAGCCACGUGCUAUGCAGACCCUACGUUAGCGGAGAAGGAACUUGGAUGGAAAACAGAAAGAAGCUUAGAUGAAAUGUGUAAGUCUUUGUGA